AUGUCGUACAACAAUGCCGGCGAUCGUGUACAAUACGCUGGAGAUCUCAGCGACCUCUCCGAGCGUGUCGGGAAGGACGUAUCACAAUCUGAAGACGAACGAUGUAAUAUACAGCAGGUAUCGGGCACCCCAACAAGCGUGUUAGAACACAUAGAUCACUGUGGAAUGACGGAAGAGGAGAACGACACUCUGUAUGUAUCAACGUAUUACUAUGAACUAUCACAACCGAUAACCAAUUGCAAUUGCAAGGGAGACGAUUUCAAACCAUCAAAACGAACUACUGGAUAUAUCAGUCACGCAUACAAGCGUUUCAAAAGCGACGCAUCACAGUCAACAGAAGAACGAGGAGUACUACACGUGCUGAUAGACGAUUGCAAGGGAGACACAUUGACCUCGUUACAACGAACGAGUGAAGAUACAUUCUUCAGCAAAUCUACGACGGAUCUUCAAGACACUAUAAUACAGCUGGAGCAUAUGAUCGACAAUCUCAGGGACGAUCGUGAACGCAUGUUAGAGAGACAUGAGAUGGAGCAGCAAUGGUUUUUAAGACGGAUCGAUCGCCUGCUUCGCUGCGCUCGCAUGCAGAAAACCCACAUCAAUAAGUUAGAUGAGGAGCUCCGAUGUUAUCGGGACAUUGCUGAAAAGCAGGACGGAGUUGUAGAUGGUAAUUAG